AAAUUUUUGUCAGUGUAGCCUAGUACGUAUAUAUCUAAAAAGCUUGUUGCUCUUCUUCUGCUUUGUUUACGUUUUGUUUUUAUGGGAGAGCGCGUGAGUGUUUCUCCCACUCGUGUUCCCCAUCAGUUCGCAGCGAUCUUUUAUCUGGUUUUUUGGUGGGAAUGGGAAUGUGAAUGGAAAGAUGAUCGCCAGUCAGUCGCCUCCACGCUCAGUCUUUGAAGCUUCUUCGUAGCAAACAAGCGCGCAUCUCCCCGACAAUGUCGAUUCGCAUUAACCCAUUGGUGCUGUGCUUCCUGCCGGUGGUUUUCCUCCUUAUCGAGGCAAGAACACGACCCGGAAACGACGAUCGCAUUGUGUUUCCCAAGGACAGCGAUGAGGAUGAACACCAUUCGAAAUUCACUUACCCGGUGGUUAACUCGACGACAACGACCACUGAGGAACCUCCGACCACAAUUACAACGCUUUUGGAAAUCACAAACUCUACAGAAGAUAUCUCUAUUUCAUCUGAGGAGCUGGUUAAUGGAACCACCACAGAGAUGCCCACCAUAGACAAUCGUAUAUUACUAGAGACCUCCGCAAAAUGUAGACCCGGCUUUGAGUUGCAUGCCAAACGCUGUCGAAAGCCGGCUUAGUCUUUAGUCUUUAAGAUCGAUGUUAGCCAAUAAAGUGAUAUUUGAAUAGAAC